UAGCCAAAGACGGCUGGGGAAAGUGCCACAGCAGGAACGAGAAGCUGGGAUCUGAUUCCAGAACAGGAUCUAUUACAAGUGCUCAAAUGAACCGGCAGCUUAGGAACUAGCAGCUUCCUGGGAGCUGCAAUUACAUAAGCAUAUAUUUUUAAUAUAAUUGCUGAACAAGUAGCAGCGGUAUGCCUGGAUCAGCUACAGCUAUCCGACAAGAGAGACUCCAGAAGACCCGUGCAAGGCCAAUCCCCCUUGGUUUAUUCACCAUCAAUGAGGAAGAUGAACAGCAAAAGAAUGGAAAUUCCAGAAGACCCAAAGCGCCUGAUGGCUGUAAGGUACAAGAAAAGAAAACUCCCAGCCGCCCCGCUUCUACAGUUUCAGGACAAAAUAGUAACCACUCAGGAAAUAAACCAGACCCUCCGCCUGUGCUCCGGGUUGACGACCGGCAGCGUCUGGCCCGAGAACGCCGUGAGGAGCGGGAAAAGCAGCUAGCUGCCCGAGAGAUCGUCUGGCUGGAAAGAGAAGAGCGAGCCCGGCAGCACUAUGAACGGCACCUGGAAGCCCGGAAGAAGAAGCUGGAGGACCAGCGGCUGAAGGAAGAGCGGAGGAGGGCUGCGGUGGAGGAGAAGCGGAGGCAGAGGCUGGAGGAGGACAAGGAACGCCAUGAAGCUGUUGUACGACGGACAAUGGAAAGGAGCCAGAAGCCAAAGCAGAAAUAUAACCGGUGGUCGUGGGGAGCCCCUCUCCACGGGAGCCCCAACAUCCACAGUGCAGAUGCUGACAGGCGGUCAGUUUCCACCAUGAAUCUUUCGAAACAUGUUGAUCCUGUCAUUAGCAAGCGGCUCUCGGCCUCAUCUGCAACUUUGCAAAAUUCUCCAGAUAGAGCUCGCCGCCUGCAGCUCAGCCCCUGGGAGAGCAGCGUUGUAAACAGACUGCUGACGCCCACACAUUCGUUCCUGGCCAGAAGUAAAAGCACAGCUGCCUUGUCAGGAGACACAGUCAUCCCCAUUUGUCCUCGUUCAGCAUCUUGCAGCCCCAUCAUCAUGCCCUUCAAAGCUAGAAACCCAGUGGAUCGGCCAAAACUCUUUGUAACACCACCCGAGGGCUCUGCACGAAGGAAGACCAUUCACGGAAUAGCGAGCCAUAAAAGAGAUCGGGAAAGAGAACACACCCCCUUCCACUUUUCCUCUGGCUUCCGAAGGACUCUGUCUCCAUCUCAUCCCAAAGCAAGAUCACCAGCUCCAGCCCGCCUUUGGCUUCCAUCCAAGUCCAUGCCUCAUUUGCCUGGCACACCUCGACCAGCAUCCUCCUUGCCUCCUGGCUCAGUCAAAGCUACUUCUGCUCAGGCCCGUCCCUCUUCCCCUGGCAACAUCCGCCCCGUCAAGAGAGAAGUCAAGGUGGAGCCUGAGAAGAAAGACCCCGAGAAGAAAGUUGCCAGUGAGCCUUCGGUAAAGGGCAGAGCACCCCUAGGGAAGGUAGAGGAAGACACAGUUGAAGAAAGGUCACCCGUGGAGCCAACCGACCCUGCUGUGCUGGUCUCGACCCCUGCUCCUGCUCCAGCUCCAGCUCCGGACCCAGCCCCGGUCUCGGCACCUGCACCCACUGGGACCGUCGCUGCUGUGCCUAAGGCUUCUGCAGGCACCACUGACCCAGAAGAGGCUACGAGGCUGCUGGCUGAGAAGAGGCGGCUAGCCAGAGAGCAGAGGGAGAAGGAGGAAAGGGAGAGGAGGGAGAAGGAAGAGCUGGAGAGACAAAAGAUAGAGGAAUUGGCUCGAAGGGCGGCUGAGGAGCGACGUCGCCGGGAAGAAGAGUCCCGCAGGCUGGAAGCGGAGCAGGCACGGGACAAAGAAGAACUCGCGCUGAGGCUGGCAGCCGAGGAGCGGGAGCGGUGGGAGAGGGAGGAGGCAGAGCGCGUGCAGAAGCAGAAAGAAGAAGAAGCCCGAGCCCGUGAGGAGGCCGAGAGGGCCCGGCAGGAGCGGGAGAAGCACUUCCAGAGAGAAGAGCAGGAGCGUCUGGAGAGGAAGAAGAGGCUUGAAGAGAUUAUGAGGAGAACCCGGAGGACAGAGACGGCAGACAAGAAAACCGCUGAACAAAGAAACGGCGAUGUAACCAAGGGCGUUCUCACCGGAGAAACAGAGGUGUCUGCCCUACCAUGUAUGAACUCUCCAGGACAUGGAGAGUCUGCAGACAGCCCACCUGGUGUCACCUUACAGCAAUCAGAAGUGACCACAGAGAGUUCUCCAGUUUCGGAAAAACAGCCAAAUGAAAAUGGAAUGUCCGUGCAAAAUGAAAACUUUGAAGAAAUUAUAAACUUACCUGUUGGCUCAAGGGCAUCCAGAUUAGAUGUCACCAACAAUGAGAACCCAGAAAUUCCUUUGAAACCAAUGUUGGCCUUUAAUGACGAAGGGACGCUUGGGCCCCUACCUCAGGUAGAUGGUGUGCAAACACAACAGACCGCAGAAGUUAUAUGAACAUUUCCUCUGAAGAACCAAAGCAAACAUUUUCUACAAUUAAUGGAAUUUCAGGCUCCAAAGGAAGACCUCCCUCCAGUUUUCUAAAGAGUUCUCCACCAUCAUUUUGAACAGACUUAUUAAAGCCAGCUAAAGACAACAGACUGGGCAGCUUUUCUAAUCACUUUCGCCAAUAGAAAGAAAUGCUCCUUAAUCUUGAUACCUUGAGGUGGCUUUUCCAGUGUGUUCCUUCUUAGAAAAUCAAUAUUUUUCUGCAUUCUUUAAAAAAAAAAAAAAGCAUUUGACUAUAAAAGAAAUGGACUGGCAAAGCAUGAUUUUCACACCGAUCUUUUAAUUUUUAAACUUCAAUAUAUAAAAUUGGCAAAAUAAAAAACUACCUUUACAAUGUAAUACUUGAAAAUGAGUACCUCUCUGCACUCCAAGUAAGAGUGAACGGGCGUGUUUAAGCAAACCUGUUUGUUUAAAUGUUACUGCAAAUGCUGUUUGUAGAGGCAGAAGAUGGUCAGGCCACCGGGCUCUGGGAAACACAGCUUUGUCCAUGGGCAUCCUGCAGACCCAGCUGCCACAGUCUUCUUGGGACUCCUUUUAUAGAACUAUACCGACAAGUUUGAAAAUGUGAAAACAUUUUUUUUUCAGAGCAAGAAAAUAAUUUGCUGUCCUCUUAAGUAAUGUAUUUAUAAAAGGUUUUUUUUUUUUUUUUUCCCAGAUAAAUAAAUUAGAACAGUGACAACUCUGCAGAUCUGCUCUAGUAGAUGCACCCCGUCUGCUGCUGUGGGAGGAUGUUAGGAUGAGGUGGGGCUGUCUCUGAAGUUUGCGCGUUGCUGCUGUCCCCAGUGACGGUGGGACUGUAUCUCUUUGCCUUACGUGAUCCCAAAUGAUGUGGGGGCUGGGGGGAUAAAUAUUUACUGUUUCUUUAGAUCAAAAAAGAGUUUGAUUCUGCUCGUUUCAGAGCAAUGAGAAAAUGCUAGAAUGGUGACUGUGUGCGGGACGGGGACCUUCGCGGGCCUCCCGGGUCAGUGUGGCAUCCAUCGGCUCUUCGUUUCUUGUCGUCAUUGUUCUCCACUUUCUGCUGCUGAGCCUAGCUGUACAAACUUGCACUUUCAUUUGCUAACAUAAAUUCCAUUUUAUUUUCCCACUUCAAAGACAACUAGUGAGAAAUGAAGAAAGGAUUGCUGGGGGAAACGGUUUCAUGUGGAGUGUUAAGGAAAGAUAAAUUUCUACCACUAUGAUGUAUUGGUUUUAUACAAAGAACGAGUGAUUAAUCUACAAGAUUUAAUGAGAGGUUAUUCAUCUAUUGGAUUAUUUCUUUUAAAUCCAAGCACAUAAUCUUUACCAACAGUUUGUAAUUUGUUAAAACAUUACUUUGUGGGUUUUUCCUAUUCUUUGGUUGUCCAUGUACAUCUAGAUACUGUAUUAAAAAAAAUUCUGUUCAACAAAGUUGUUUUAUUUAUUUAAGUCUACCAAAUAUGAAACACCAAUAAAAUCUAUGACAUAGUUUUA